AUGCACGUCUACUACGCGGAGGAGGAAGCAGAUGCGGAGAUCAAAGGUCGGAGACCAUCGAUAUCUGGACCGGACAGAACCUUCCGUCGAGCACGACGAGCGUGGAUUGUGCUUCUCAUCACUUGUGCCUUCGCCUUUGCCGUACUCCUUGUCUGCGCCAUUGUCUUGCAUCGCUUCCCGUGGGUCGCGCAGACAUGGGCUGAUAUACUUGGGAUUGCUGUGACCAUACUGGCAGCUAUUCAGUGGAUACCUCAAGUCUAUACGACUUGGCAUCUAGGACAUUUGGGCGGUCUCAGCUUGGUUGGACUCAUUCUUCAAGUGCCCUACACCUGGCUUUUCGCAGUAAACAUGAUGGUCCGAGUCGGCUGGACAGGCUGGAGCGCUUGGAUCGUCUACGUCCUAGUUGGACUCAUGAAACUCGUGCUCAUCGGCUUUGGGGUGGUCUACGCCUACCGAGACCGCGGCAAGACACCAGAAGACAAAGACCGACGCCCGAGCGUAAGCCCGAGUGAAGUCCACGACCGGUUCAGCAUCUGGAAAUCCUUUUCGCAACGAGGACGCACGCCCUCAAAUAACUCUCGAGCGACAAGAUUCUCGAACGUCGCCCCAGACGAGCAUCAUCGAGCACCUUCGAACACAUCACGCGUGCAUCGCUUUUCGAAUAUCACAAUUGAUGAGCGUAGACCAUUGCUUUCCGAUGCGAGGAGUCCAGGUCGGGAGCAAGCCAUCGAGCACUAG